AUGAUUCGGAUUAGAGAUCUACAUAUAUUUACAACGCUCAUAUCAAUAUCAUUAAGUAUAGCCUUGGGCAUUCUUCUACUUCUAUGUAAUUAUAGAAAUAAUGUUUACAACUAUUUGAUAUCCAUUGGUUCUUUUGUACUAGCAGGAUAUCAUUUGAUUGAAUUGUUAUUACUUGAUAAGAAUUGGAUAAGUUUAGGAAUUCAACUAUUGAUUAGUUUGUUCAAUAUAAUAUCUGGUAUAUUAUAUAUCUUAUUGCAUUCAAGUGAUAAUUAUAGAAAGAAAGAAUUGCAUAUUGCAGGAGUUGUAUUAUUUAUUGUUAAUAUUGCAUUUAUGACUAUUUGUUUUAUGUUGAUUUGUGUUCCAAAAUUACUUGUUUCUGUAAAUAUUGAAGAUGGAGAAUUGGAAAUGGGUAAAGAGACCAAUGGAGUAUUUGAUUUAUUAGCUAAAAAAGCAUCAGAUGCUACAUUAUGUAAUGAUCAAAAGAAAACCAGUAAUGAGAAAAUUGAAUAUUCAAUUGAAAAUAAUUGGAUAAAUAAUCAAGAUCAUGGUCAUAUUAUUCCUCCAUCUUUAUCAAUAAAUAGUAAUUUAAAUCAAUUAAACCAACAACAACAACAGCAACAAAGACAAUCACAUUUACUUCAUUCAAGUUCGACAAAUUCAGAUUUGGAUAAAUCAAGAAAUAUUUCAAUAAUGAACAUUGAUGAUGAAUUAAUUACUCACCAACAACAUAAUAUCAAGACUAAUAAUAGUAAUAAUCAUAUUAAUAAUAAUAAUAGAAAUAAUAGUAACGACAUUAAUGAUCAUAAUAAUUGCAGUAAUAAACACCAAAUUAGAAAACAAAGAUGGAAGUCAAUUCACGACGAAAAGGCAGUAUUGGCAAAUAUCAAUGAGAAUUUAUUACCUGGAGUUUUAAAACAACAAACAUCUCAAAAAUUUCAACGACCUGUUUCAAAUAUAUACCAAGAAGAACAUCACGAAGAAAAAGAAGAAGAAGAUUAUAGGAAUGCUUUAGUUGGUUUAGAAGAUAUUCCAAAUUCUACUCAUCACAUUAAUCAAUUUGAUAUAAAUGAUUUUAAUAAACUAAGAAAAAUAUCAGGAUAUAACAUAUUACCAGGAACUUCAAAUAUGAUUAAUGAUGAGAAUCUUUAUAGAGAACAACAUGAAGUAGAACAAUAUCAAAGUAAGGAUGAUUUAGAGUUAUUACCAUUUAAGGAAACACCUGUGGAAAAUAUAGAUAAUUUAAGUGAUGUGAUUAAAAGACCAAGUUUACUGACUAGAAGUUUAAGCGCUCCUUCAGUUUAUGAUAUCCAAAGUGGUGAUGCACCUUCAUUGUAUACAUUUAGAAAGAUAAGCAAUAAUUCACCACCACCUAAGGAGGAAGAAGAAUUACCAGUUACUCCUGUAUCUUCAUCACAAUUACAACAACCAACUACUCCACCAACAAGAAAGAAAAGUUUUAUUAAAUCACAAUCUGCUAAAACUUCACCAAUUAAGAAAUUUUUCCAAGAAAGUCCAAAAAGAAUAUUCAAAUCAAGAUCUUCUUAUAAUAAUAGAUCUUCAUCUAUAAUACCAGGUGAACUUACUCAUAAACAUUCAAAUUCUGUAAUUUCAAAUAAUAAUUAUUCAAUAUCUUUGAAAUCUUCAUUUAGUUCAUCUUCAAGAUCAUCACCUAAGAAAUCAUUAAUGACUAAAUCUUCAACAAUGUCAAAAUUACAUAAAUAUAGUAUAAGUGUUCCAAAUUUUAAUAUGAACAACGCUACUGUACUUAACCAUUAUUAUAAUCAUCAUCAUCAUCACAAUCCCACAAGUUCAAUAAAUUCAGAUAGAUUUAUUUUCCAUUCGGCAGGACCUCUGAGAGUUGAACCAAUUGAUUUAUGGGAUAUUCAAACAACUAAUUUUGAUAUUGAUAGUACUCAUCGUCCAGACUAUGAUGAUUAUGAAUUUGGUAGAACCGCUAUAUCAGAUGAUACUGCCACUAAUUGUAGUACUAAUGGUGAUAAAGUUAAACCUACCACUAGAGGAGGAGAGGAACAAGAAGAAGCCGGUGGUGGUGGUGGUUCAAGAAUAAGUAGUUUACCAAGUCAAGUGUUUGGUGAAUAUGAUAAAGAAAAAUGGAUGACUUUGAAAGUUUUACAACAACAAGAACAACAACAGGAUAUGAUUCACCUGAAUGAAAACUCUCAAGUAGAAGUUAUAUAG